AUGGCAAUACAGAGAGCUUGGAUUUAUUCUUCUGCAGUAUUCGUGACUACAAUAUGUUCCAUAUUCACUGAUCAGAAUGUGAACCACACCGCAGAGGUCUUUUUCAUGCGUGUAUUAGAGAGGGACUACUUUCAAGAAGGGUUUCAAUCCUUUCAAGAAGCACGUGGUAUAGUUACCAGUACCCCCAUCACUUUCAGCACCAACUUAUACGACCACCCUGAUCGUCCUCGCUGGCUUCGUUUCAUUCAACGCACCGCAUACCAUGAUGGAAUUCUUUAUGGAACACCAACUAAGAGAGAUGUUGGACAGAAAAUAAUUGAAGUCACUGCUGUUAAUAGGAAGACAUUUGAGACAACAAGGCAAAACAUUGUCAUUAAUGUUGAAGAACCAUUAGGCUUGACAUUGCCCUACCAUGUUGAGUUCUAUGUGAAAAACAGAAAUGUGGAUGAAGUAUUGCCCUUGGAAAUGCAACAGUAUUUCCUGCACAGACUGUCAAUCAUUUGGGGGUCAAAUCAUUUGAUCAUGAUCAACAUCACCUCGGCACUGGACAGAGGAGGUCGCGUUCCAUUGCCUCUCCCAGGAAGGAAAGAGGGUGUGUAUAUAAAAGUUGGUUCCAAUAUUCCCUUUCCUUCUUGCCUGGAGGAGGAAGUACUUCACGGCGAGCAGUGCAGUGAACAAAUGGGACCCAUCAACUGUGAAGAUGCAUUUAGUCCUCAGUUUAUUAUUGAUUGGUGCAAUAUUUUAUUGAUUAAUAAAUCCAAGCCAGCUUUACCUGAAGCUGAUGUGGUUCCUGGGGAUGGUACCCUUACUGAUAGUGCAGAAUACAGUCCACCUUCAGAUUUCCUCGAAACCAGGGACUAUUAUUUGGACUAUGUGGUCACAAUUACGGUUCCUUUAGCAAUUGCACUGUUUCUGUGUCUCAUCCUUGCUUACAUAAUGUGUUGCCGGCGAGAAGGAGUGGAAAAACGAGAUGCAAAGACUUCAGAUAUUCAACUUGUCCAUCACCAUUCAAUUCAAGAUGAUACCAAUGAACUCAGGAAUCUGGCUAAGAGCAGGGAUGGCUUGCGGCCUCUAUCCACUCUCCCCAUGUUUAAUGCAAGAACUGGAGAAAGGGCACCUUCUCGACUCCCCUUUAAUUCUGAUACAUCCAGAGUUCCUCUUAUUUUGGACCAACAGGAACCACAUAGUGAUCCUUAUCCCAGAACCCAGCCAAAGACUCAACAGCAAAAAGACGUUGGUUAG